GUCCGGUCCGGGGCAGCCGGGGCCUCUUCCCGGAGCCGCUCCCGGAGCCGCUCCCGGAGCCGCCGCCGCCGCCAUGAACAUCCUCCCGAAAAAGUCGUGGCAUGUGCGCAACAAGGACAACGUGGCGCGGGUGCGGCGGGACGAGGCGGCGGCCGAGGAGGAGCGGAGGAAACGGGAGGCGCGGGCGCUGCGGGCGGAGCAGGAGGUCCGGACACAGCUCCUGAGGAAGAGGGCGAGGGUGGGGGGGUUGGGGGGUCGCAGCCCCUCCCCGCCCCCCGUGCUGUUCUGCCCCGAGGAGGCCCCAAAUCGGGAGCACGAGGAGGAGAAACGGCGGGAACAGGAGCGCCGGGAACGAGCCCUGGGGGUCCUGACCUACCUGGGCCAGAGCGCGGCCGAGGCCCAGACCACCCCCCCCUGGUACCUGAGACCCCCCAGCCGAGGGACCCCAAAACCCAGGGCCCCCAAACCCGGAGGGACCCCCAAAAACCACGGGGGGGCCCCCCAGGAGGUGGAGAGGGGCAGGAAAGCAGCCCUGGACCCCCUGAAGGACAUGAGGGGCAAGGGGAGACCCGAGACCCCCCCAGCCCCAAAAAAGACCCCCCCAGAGACCCCCCCAGGAGGGGGGGGCCCAAAGGCGUUAAUUGCCCGCAGGCUGCGGGAGCUGCGUCGGGAGCGGCUCCAACGCGAGGCCAACGAGGCCGCCCGGGCUCAGACCCUGCUGGGGGGGCUGCGGGACCCCCGAAAUCCCCCCCAAAAUCCCCCCCAGAAACGCCCCCAGGACGAGAGACACAGACCCUUCAACAGCCAAUUCCACCCCAAACUGGCACGGGGGGGGCUCAGGGACCCCCAAAACCCACCCUGACACCCCCAAAAACACCCCUGGGACCCCAAAAAUCAUCCUGGGACCCCCAAAACACCCCUGGGACCCCCAAA